CGCAGCGACUGGGAAAUAACAGCCUGCGUGAGUAAAGAAAACCUGCGGCUAACGGGAGGGGACUGAACUAGAGAACCCCCUCGCUAUACGGGACACCAGGAGAGGAUUCACAUAAUUGGCUGAUUAACCUAAUUGUCUCAUUUUGUUGUAAAUCAAUAGUCAAAUGCAAAACGCCCGAGUUUCUCUUGAGUGAAAGAUGCUGCGGUUUCUGCACAGACUGGUCUGAAGAAGGCUGCUUGGUAAGCUGUUAAGGCACAUCGUGUCAUUCUUUGAAGAGAAUUUUAUAUGUGCCAUUGGCACUUCACGGGCACAAUGCUCUCUCCUUGUUCGUACUUGACAAGCCCAUUUUCCCCUGAUCCUCCUGACCAGUCCAUCAUGGAUUCUUCCACGCUGCAAAUUUGCACCUCUUUGGAUGAUUGCUUUUUGGACAGCAUGGACAGCUCUUGUGACUACCAUGAAAUAUUUGAAGAUGAGCCCUAUGAUGGGAGUGACUGGAGGCCACCUGAUGAGGAACUGGCCAGGAAGAUCGCCUCUCAGGUGGAGUUCUACCUUUCGGAUGAGAACCUGGCAGAAGAUGCUUUCCUUCUGAAACAUGUGAGGAGAAACAAGUUGGGAUAUGUCAGCAUCAAGCUGAUCACUUCUUUCAAAAAGGUGAAGUACUUGACCAGAGACUGGCAAGCUACUAGACAUGCCCUCAGUUAUUCCAGAAUCUUGGAAGUCAAUGAAGAAGGUACAAAAGUGAGGCGAAAAGAGCCUGUUCCCGAAUCCCUUCUCGCCAUUCCUCCUAGCAAAAUCCUGUUGGCUUGGAACCUGCAGGAUGAUUCUCAAGUGAAUAAGCCAUCUGGUUCUGGCCAGAUCUGUACAAUGGAGAAGACCAUGGCUGUGUUUGGCAAAUAUGGCAAUAUCGGCUCAUUGCGCAUCCUUCGACCUGGUAAAGAAUUGCCAAUGGAGCUGAAGAAGUAUGCAUUUAAGUACCCUGAGCUGGGCACCAAAGUGUGUGCCUUAGUGGAGUACGAGUUCCUUGAAGGAGCUCGAAAAGCCUAUGAAGGUCUCAAAGUCCAGCAGCAUGCAAACAGUGGAGAGGACAUUAAGGUAGUCCUCGUAGGUGGCCGGGGAACUCGCCGAAAGAAUAGUAGCCUGGAGGCAGAGGAAUCUGAAGAUCUUGAGGAAACCCUAGAAGUCCUCAAGCAACCCAAGAAGCCAGUUUCCCGAUCCAAGAGAUUCCCAUUUCCUUUGGAGGAUUCUUCGGUGUACAGCUCUUCGGAGUCAGACUUCACUCCUGGAUCUCCGGUGCCAAUCCGCACAAUAACCCGCCCACAGGCCCUGUAUGGCAGUCCUCUUGCUAGUCCCAGGAUGGUAUCUUCUUUCCGACCAAAUUCCUUCAGCAGCCCUCUAGCUAGCCCAGUCCUGCCCCGCAAGCUCUUUGCAAGUGGAGUCUGUCCUUCACCCCUUGCUACUAUGGAUUUAAGUAGCAGCCCUGGCUUGUCACAAUGGCCAACAUCUGGCUCCAGCCCUGAGGGGCUCAAGAAAUCCGAAGACUUCUCCUGUGAUAGCGGCAUUCUGGUUGGUAGUCCCUGGGUGCAAAGGCGCAAGAUGGCUGCUUUCCAAGCCAGUUCAGAAAAACUGGCUUGUACGUCCACUCUUGCAAGGAAGUUGCCACUUUCAACUGGGCUGCCAACCAAACUGAUUCGCCAGCCUCUUGGCCCUGAUGGAACUAAAGGCUUCUAUAACUGCAUCGGUAGAGGGAAAUUAGUGCUGAGACAUUAAGUCCAUAUACUGAAAAAGAUGUCCACUCGGAGUUCCCAGAAAACUGGUGUUAUGACUGAGUUGCAAUUGAUCGAUUGAUUGAUAAUGCACCUUGAACGUAAUGGACUGAAUCUUUUUAAAUUUGUGCCCAUUUGAAUCUGUAGCCUGAACAAUAUUUAAGAUUUGUCUGUAUACCAGCUUAAAAGGGCACAAAUUCAUGCUAACGUUUGACUGUUUUAAGUACCUGAAACAAGUAAAAUCGGCUUCACAAAAUGGCCGAAAAUUGCCAAUCCGUUGCACUUCUGAUGUGACAUUUUCUUGUGCAUAAAUUGAUUGUAAAUGAUUUUUCUUGACACUGCCAUCUUGGGGCUGGCACCUACUGUAAAACUAUUGGCACUGGUGGUUUCUAGAUUGUUUUAAAAUAACUUAUCUAAAAAUGUGUAGUAUGAGCAUCCGCGUUGUCCGAUGAAAGGGGAGGUGCAGUGGGGUGACCAUCACUUUGUGCUUAGGAGACUUGCACUGAAUGUUCUGUGCAUUAAUGUGGAAUUUAAAGUUAAGUAUUAAAUAAAGAACAUGGAUGUUUAUAGUUUUUUUGGUGUGAAUUAAUGAGAAAUAAGAAUUUCUAUAAAUUUACAUUAAUUUUUGGCAACUGACUUAAUGGAUAUGCUUGGAAUUCAUGCUGAAGUUGUUUGUUCACAAUCUUGGGUCCUAUAUAAAUUUGCCAUGUGAAAAUGUG